AUGUCUUGCACCAACAUAGAUGGCGAUCUUGCGCCUUUUUGCCUACCAACUAGUGAUGCACAAGUCACUGCUGGGGAGCAGCUCUUCGUGAGUUGGGACCCGGACUUCUUCGGCGACCCGAGCACACUUGUGCAGAUCCAAGCAGACUUCUCUCCCUCCUCAGGAGAAGGCAAGUCCACAGGCGAGAAUGCAUUCAGCUCCAAUGCUCUGAGAGCGGCCACGGGUUCUUACGGCUGGGAUAUUCGCCAAUCUGUGCUGGGGAACGGGACAGACUCGGUUAAUGCACAACUGUACAUCGCUGUGGUAUCAACGGAUGGUUCCACGCAGAACAGGACCACGGGGCCACUUAUCAAAGUCGUGUCUCCGACGGCCCCUAGUAGCGACAGCAAUGGCGGUGUCAACAUCGUGGCCAUCAUUGUGCCCGUCGUAGUCGGUGUCUUGAUCCUGGCUGCGAUUGGCGGUUACCUCUGUGCAAAGAGAAGGGAUCCCGGUUGGAGUCUGAAAGGCAUGUUCGGCUUAGGCAAGACGCGAACGCCAAAGUCAGCAUUACCGGUGGCAGGAACAAGAGAAGUCCAGAUGACGGACAUGAGCAUGGGCAAACCACAAGAUGGGAGGAAUGUGUUCCGAGAAGAAAUUCGGAGACAGGAGGAAGCAAGAAUCUAG